CUGGCAAAUAUCAUGGCAUGAGCUGCAUGUUGAAAUUCCUUGAAAUCUUCCAAACUGUUCUUGAAGUCGAUCGGCUCGUAGUCACUCUCAAAGUUUGUAGCAAAAUGGUUCAUAACAACUGAAGUCAUCGUCCUCCACGAUUCAUUUACGACAAUAACAAUUCCGACUUUUUCACGAUAAAUAAAAAUGGAUAAAAUUUUAGUAAAUCGAAAUUCAUCGCAAUGAACGCCAGAUCACAGACAUUUGAGCUUUCUCUGGAAGGAAGACAGAUUGAGGAGGUAGUUGCAAGCAUAUUUCACACUUUGCUCUUUCAUAGGACACUUGGAAAGUUUCAUUACCGACAAGAGGGGAGUUAUUCAAUUGGAACGGUUGGUGUGGUUGAUGUUGAUUGUGACUUCAUAGAUGCAACAUAUGUCGCUGUGUCCUCUGAUGAACUUGACAGAGCUGUAAAGAAGGAAAUCAAGGCAUUCAGAGAUGCCUUACGCAAUGACGAUGGCAAUAACACAGGACAAAUAUCAUUAGAAUUUUUCCAAAAGAAAAGAGGCAGAUGGCCUUUCCCAUCAGAAUGUAUUCCCUGGGAAGUUUGGACAAUCAAGGUGGAUAUUAUAACCUUAGCCAAUGAACAUGAAAGGCAAAUAUGUAGGGACAAAGUGAGUGAAAUACUAAGUGAAAAAAUACUGUAUAUUGCUCAGAAUAUGAGUAAACAUGAGUAUGUGCCAAAGAUGCCAAAUAAAAGUGAAAUGGACCUAGUUUUUGACACCUCCAUAUCUGAUGUACAGCCAUAUUUGCAUAAGAUAUCAUUUCAUACAACUGGACCAGGUCAAUCCACAGUUGGCACAACAAUGAGGCGCUUUAUCAAGGAUACACUAGCUCUAUAGACACACUUGGUCUAUAGAUAUGUUGGACAUUUGAGAUAGACACACUAGUUCUAUGGACAUACUAGGUCUAUGAACAUGAUGGAGAUAGGUGAUGGACAUGAGAUCUGAAACACUUAAGUCUAUAUUUAUGAUGGGCAGAGGAGAUUGACACAUUAGGGAUUAAGACACUCAAGGUUUAAAGACAUGGUGGACAUUUAAGAUGGACACAUUGUCUCUUACGAGACUCUGUGUCUAUAGACACAAUACGCCUAAAGUCAAACUAGCUAUAAUUAUAGAAAUGAUGUACAAACUAUCACUACAGACACAUUAGCUGUAUAAACAUGAGGAUAAGCAUGACUGUACUGAACCUUGUUCGUCAGAUGAAAUAUGUGUAAGAUCACAAGAAGUUAUUGUGACAAUAGCAUGCUUCAAUUAU